UUUCUCUCUCUCUCUCUCUCUCUCUCUUUCUCUCUUUAUUUCUAGCUCCGUUUCUCUGUAAAUGGCUGAAUCUCGCCGGAAACGAUGAAGAUAUCAGGCAAGCCUCACCUCGCACCGGCAUUCCCUUCAACGCUCUCAUCCAAAGCCGCUCUAAACGCUAAGUGCGAUUCGGAUCUUCAGAGCCGGCUCGGCGCUCGGAAACCGGCCCGGAGAAAGUCCCGGACGCCGAGAUUGGGCCGGGUCCGGCGAGCAGGAGCUCCGAACGGGAGGCGGAGCAGGCCGGAGACGCCUCUUCUGAAGUGGAAGGUCGAGGACGGAGAGGAGAGAGGGAGGGACGGGAAUGAGGUCGCCGAGGAGGACGAGAAGGCCGAGGAGAGUGGUCGGAGAGCUGGCCGGAGUGGAAGGAAGGGAAGGGAAGUGGCGGUGUCGGCGCGGAAGCUCGCCGCCGGGCUCUGGCGACUGCAGAUGCCGGAGGCAACGGCCUCCGCUGCCAAAAGGAGUGGUCAGCUAGGGUUUGAGCAUGGGGUUGGCUCUGUUGGGUUGCCAUUUCUGCAGACUCGCUGUAGCAAGGUGUAUGGUUCCGAAGUGAAGGAAUAUCUACAAAGCCCUAGUUCCAGUUCAAGGAAUGGAUACUUGUGCAAGCUUCAACCUUCUUUUCAGUUUACAAACUCUGCCAUGGAAGGGGCAACAAAGUGGGAUCCUGUAUGCUUAAAAACUUCAGACGAGGCACGCCAGAUAUACCGCCAAAUGAAGUUGCUUGACCAACAAGUAAAUGCUGUAUCUGUGGUGUCUGCGCUUGAGGCUGAACUAGAGCAGGCUCAUUCUCGCAUUCAGGAGCUUGAAACUGAAAGGCGGUCCUCCAAAAAGAAACUCGAGCACUUCUUAAGGAAAGUAAGCGAGGAAAGGGCCACAUGGCGGAGCAGGGAGCAUGAGAAGAUUCGUGCAUUUAUUGAUGACCUGAAGGCAGAGGUGAAUCGAGAAAGGAAAAAUCGCCAAAGAAUUGAAAUCCUAAACUCCAAACUGGUUAAUGAGCUUGCUGAUGCCAAGUUAUCAGCAAAGAGAUUUAUGCAGGAUUAUGAAAAAGAAAGAAAGACCAGAGAAUUGAUUGAGGAAGUAUGUGAUGAGCUUGCCAAAGAAAUCGGAGAAGACAAGGCUGAAGUUGAAGCAUUGAAGAGAGAAUCCCUGAAACUCAGAGAGGAAGUUGACGAAGAAAGGAAGAUGCUACAGAUGGCUGAGGUCUGGCGCGAAGAACGUGUUCAAAUGAAGCUGGUUGAUGCAAAGGUGGCACUUGAACAGAAAUAUUCUCAUAUGAACAAGCUUGUAGCAGAUUUAGAGAAAUUUCUGACAUCAAGAACUGCAACUCCAGAUGCGAAGGACAUGAGAGAAGCAGAGUUACUUCGACAAGCUGCUGCUUCUGUAAAUAUCCAAGACAUCAAGGAAUUUUCUUACGAGCCUCCCAAUUCUGAUGAUAUCUUUUCUGUUUUCGAAGAAGUUAAUUUCGGUGAACAAAAUGAGAGGGAGAUUGAACCAUGUGUUGCUUACAGUCCUGUUAGCCAUGCCUCGAGAAUUCAUACAGUCAGUCCCGAAGUGAAUGGGAUAAGCAAGAACUGUAUCAAGGGACAUGUCAAUGUGUUUGCUGAUCAUAAUGGUGAUAUAGAAGAGGAUGAGAGUGGAUGGGAGACCGUAAGUCAUAUAGAGGACCAGGGCUCAAGCUAUUCACCAGAAGGGAGCGCCCCAUCUGUCAACAAAAAUCGCCGAGAGAGUAACAUCUCAGGGAGUGGAACGGAAUGGGAAGACAAUGUGGAUGAGGAAACACCAAUUGCUGAGAUCAGCGAAGUCUGUCUAGUACCAACCAAACAGUUUAAGAAGGGAUCAUCGAUAACAAGGCUUUGGAGAUCCUGCUCGAACAAUGGAGAAAACUACAAGAUAAUCUCAGUAGAGGGAAUCAAUGGCCGACUUUCAAAUGGAAGGAUAUCUAAUGCAGGUACCAUGUCGCCAGAUAGAGGUUCAGGCCAAGGUGGUUUCAGCCCCUCAGAUUUGCCGGCUCAAUGGAGUUCUCCCGACUCAGGGAAUGGUCACAUCCGAGGAAUGAAGGGAUGCAUACCUCGAACUGGCCAGAAGCAUAGUUUGAAGGCGAAGCUUCUAGAGGCAAGGAUGGAGAGUCAGAAGGUCCAACUGCGCCACGUGCUUAAACAAAAGUACUAGUCAGUCAGAGUUUUCCCAACAGAGUUGCAAACAACGGAUGAGAAUGAAUAGUUUCAUCUCUGACCGGGGGAAUGUCUAUACUAAAGGAAAACUGCAAAAAAGUGAUAGGCAGGAGUCAGAACGAAAUGCGCACAUUUGGCCUCCUAGACUUGCUCAUUCCGCUUCUCCAGUUUACUUAUGCGCUGACAUAUUCCAUUUCCUUGCUUCCCCCAAGAUCUCAACAUCUGAGCAGGUGCAUCAAAAAAAACGACGGGGUUGUCUUCUUCCAUUCGUAUCCGAGCGGCCUUCUUGUUUGCGGCCACAACAAUUAGCAAGCAAGCUAUUUUUUUUUUUGUUUCUCGGAAAAGCGUCAUUAUUUGUACUGUAUCAUUAAUUUGCCGAGUCUCCAGGACACUGGCGAGGAAUGCAAAUUCUUGCAAAAGACUAAAAUGAUAACACUCUCCUAUCUGUAAUUUGUAUUAUUGUUAUCAGAUAUUAUUGCAGUUUCUUAGAGAAAA